CGACCUCAACACAUUCGCCUCUUUUUCUCCCUAUAUAUCUCCUGUCUCAGGAGCACCCGUGGCGGCCGACGUACGGAAAGACUUACACAUGGAGAGCUUUCCCUCGCCUGUAGUCUGAACUGCGACGUCUCCCACUCUACGAUACCUGCCGCACGCGACUCCAUUCGACCCCAUCCGACCCUAUCCCACUUGCCACUCCCUCGACGGAACCCGAGCGACGAAGAACACAUCACCAUUAUCUACUAUAGCUGCCUUGGGCGCGCCUGAUAUUACCGCCCAAUAUGCCUCCCAAAGGAAAGCAGGAUGAGCCGAAGAAGAAGAAGCCAACGGUGGAGGACAAGGCCUUCGGCAUGAAAAAUAAGAAGGGUGGAGCAGCCAAGAAGCAGAUCAAGCAAAUGGCUGCCUCUGUCUCGUCUGCGCCCGAAGACAAGAAGAAAGAAGCCGCACGGCUGCAGCGCGAGAAGGACAAGCAAGCAGAAGAACAGGCCAAGAAGGAAGCCGCAGCUCUCUUUGCCCCGGUCGCGAUUCAAAAAGUCCCCUUUGGUGUGGACCCCAAGACUAUCCUCUGCCAAUUCUUCAAGAAAGGUGGUUGUGAAAAGGGAAAGAAGUGUAAAUUCUCGCACGACUUGGACGUCGAGCGCAAGACCGCCAAAAUGGACCUCUACACGGAUCGACGAGAAGGCGAAGAAGGCGGCGAGGGAGAUGACGCGAAGAAGAAGGACGGCAUGGAGGAUUGGGACGAAGAGAAGCUUCGACAAGUCGUCUUGUCAAAACAUGGAAAUCCCAAGACCACAACGGACAAAGUGUGCAAAUUCUUCAUCGAAGCUGUGGAGAAUCAGAAAUACGGUUGGUUCUGGACUUGUCCGAACGGAGGAGAUAAGUGCAUGUACAAACAUUCUUUGCCGCCCGGUUUCGUGCUCAAGACGAAGGAACAGAGAGCCGCGGAGAAGGCGCUGAUGGACAAAAGUCCGCUGGCAACUUUGACGUUGGAGGACUUCCUCGAAAGUCAAAGGCUGCAACUGACGGGUAAGCUGACGCCUGUCACGCCCGAGAGCUUUGCGAAGUGGAAGAAGGAACGUCUGGACAAGAAGGCCGCGGAGCUGGAGGCACAGACGAUGAAAGAAGCUACGGGUAGGGCGAUGUUUGAGAAGGGCGACUGGAGGGGUGAUUCAGACGAUGAGGGCGACGACGAUGAUGAUGAUGAUGGCGGCUUCAACUUGGAAGCUCUGCGAAGAGAGACGGAAGCCGCACGCCAGAAGAAGGAAGAGGAUCGAUUGGCCCUGAUGAACGGCGAAGAAGCCAAUCCGGUGGCAGUGUGAUGACUGGAAUGGUAUUUCCUGGUGCGGGACUGCUGCAUACAUCUGUAGAAGGAAAUCGAAGAAUACCAUGCACGAUACGUAUGAACUCAAGGAUGGCUCUCGAAGUCUCUUCUCUGCUACAAACUCUCUCCGUCGGCGCUCCCAUCUCCAUUCGGCACCUCGCAUCUACAGU